GCGGACGUUGCCACAGCUGCUCCAGGCGCAGCUGAGCUCGACUUCGAUGCGCUGGCGAAGGAUCUCGACAGAAAGUCCCCACUGGAGAUCAUGGACCAUGCGCUGGCGACCUUUGGCACUGAUGCAGCCAUUGCCUUCAGCGGUGCAGAGGACGUGGCGCUGAUCGAGUAUGCACACUUGACAGGCCGUCCCUACAGGGUCUUCAGCCUGGACACUGGCAGGCUCAACCCAGAGACGUACCGCCUGUUUGACAAGGUGGAGAAGCACUACGGGAUCCGCAUCGAGUACACGUUCCCGGACGCCCGGGAGACGAUGGACCUGGUGCGCGAGAAGGGCAUGUUCUCCUUCUACGAGGACGGCCACCAGGAGUGCUGCCGCGUCAGGAAGGUGCGGCCGCUGAGGAGGCAGCUGACGGGCCUCAAGGCGUGGAUCACAGGGCAGAGGAAAGACCAGAGCCCCGGCACGCGGCAGGCAGUCCCUGUCAUCCAGGUCGACCCGGCCUUUGAGGGCAAGGACGGCGGCGCCGGCUCGCUCGUCAAGUACAACCCGCUCUCCAACGUCACCUCCGCCGAAGUCUGGAACUUCCUCCGAGUCAUGGGUGUGCCCACGAAUGAGCUGCAUGCAUGCGGCUACAUCUCCAUCGGCUGCGAGCCAUGCACGCGGGCGGUGCUGCCGAACCAGCACGAGCGCGAGGGCCGCUGGUGGUGGGAGGAGGCGACGGGCAAGGAGUGCGGGCUGCACUCGGGCAACGUGGUGCAGAGCGCGGCGGAGCAGGCCAAACGAGAGGCGGAGCGCGAUCUGUGGGACACAGACGCCCACGUAGAGGCGCUCUCCCGCGAGCAGCUGGCCGCGCUGGCCGACGGCCCCCGCGACAAAUCCACCCUCGUCGUCCUCUACGCCCCCUGGUGCCCCUACUCCCAGGCUAUGGAGGCGUCGUACAGUGAGCUGGCAGAGCGCUAUGCGGGCUCGCAUGUGCGCGUGGCAAAGUUCCAGGCCGACAUUGAGCGCGACUUCUCGUCUGAGAAGUUUGGGCUGCGCACAUUCCCUACCAUCGUGAUCUUGCCGGCUGGCCAAGCCGGCUACAUCAAGUACCCUUCAGAGACCCGCGAUGCUGACACCCUGGACAUGUGGGUCAGGACCGUGGCAGGCUACCAGUGAAUUUUACUCACCGAAGUAUGUUCUGUUUAAAUGAAGAUGCGCUCUUGAGAUAAAUGAGUUGGGUUUCUCCCUCUGUCAGGGUGAGUUAUGCGUGACGCGUCUGCGCACAUUCGCGCUGCCUGCAUGACAGGUCACCAGCGUGCACCUCUGGUCAAUGCCAGUGCUGUUUGAAAAGGUGGUCUCAUUUGUUGUCAUACAGGAUUGAUUCUGAUCCUCGCUGAACAAUUUCAAAGAAUUAUUUGGACAAUUGUCUAUGGUUACGUUGAAGAUACUUUAAAAUUGCUAUAGGACCCUGUUUAACAAGACUCAUGGAU